AUGCCGACCUUCAGCUACCGACCGAGUGGCAGGGCACAGACCAGCUGCAGCCGGUGCCAGAAGAACCUUUCCCUCCAGACGGCCGUCAAAGUCCUCUACGUCUUCUCCAUCCUCCUCAUCGUGGCUGUGACUGUUCUGGCUGCCUUGGUGUUCAGGAAAGUUGACUCCAUCUCCAGUGACAUCAGCUCAGCCCAGACCUAUUAUGAGAAGAAGAUCGUAUCCAUCCAGGAGGAUCUCCAGGGCUUGGAUGAGAAGACCUCUGGGAACUGCUCCCUCUGCCACGAGACGGGACAGCUGGGCCAGGAGAUCACCAAGCUGCAGGGUGAGCUGGAGGAGAUCCAGAAGAUGCUUUUGGUUCAAGAGAUCCUGCUCGACCGGACCUCUCAGGCUCACGACCAGCUCUCGUCCACCAGCAACAAGAUCACCAGCGAGGUGGACAACUGCUCCUUCUCCAUCCGGCAGGUCAACAAAAGCUUGGGACAGUUCCUGGCCGAGGUUGGGGGCUGGCGGGCUGUCACCUCCCAGCUAGAUAACUCUCUCAAGGGCUUGGCCCAGGAGCAUUAUGAUGUCCGAGCAGCCAUGCAGCAGAUGAACUUCACCUUGGGACAAACCUCUGACUGGAUCCAGGUCAUCCAGAGGAAGACGGAUGAGGAGACGCUGACGCUGCAGAAGAUUGUCAGUGAGUGGCAGAACUACACUCGCCUCUUCGGUGGACUGCGGGCCACCUCCUCCAGGACCAGUGAGCUGGUGAAAAGCAUCCAAGGCAGCAUCAGCACAGCAGCUCGACAGGUCAGCCAGAACUCAGAGAGCAUGCACGACCUGGUGCUGCAGGUGAUGGGGCUGCAGCUGCAGCUGGACAACAUCUCCUCUUUCCUGGAUGACCAUGAGGAGAACAUGAAUGACCUGCGCUACCACAACAGGUACACACAGAACCGCACGGCUGAGCGCUUCGAGACCCUGGAAGGUCGCAUGGCCUCCCAUGAGAUUGAGAUCAGCACCAUCUUCACCAACAUCAACGCCACUGACAGCCAUGUCCACAGCAUGCUGCGCUACCUGGAUGAUGUGAGGCUCUCCUGCACCUUAGGCUUCCACACCCACACCGAGGAGCUUUACUACCUGAACAAGUCCCUCAGCCUGGUCCAGGGUACCACGGACCUGCUGCGGGAGCGGUACAGCCUGCUCAGCGCCCGGCUGGACUUCGACAUCCGCAACCUGUCCAUGGUCAUGGAGGAGAUGAAGGUGGUGGACGUCCGGCAUGGGGAGAUGCUGAAAAACAUCACUGUCUUACGAG